AUGAAUAGAAUAACUGUUGAUAACGAUAAAACUCUAGCCGAUGAUGAUGAUCUAAUGUUAAGUGAUGAUUUUGCAAAACUAAUAAAAAAUAAGAAGUUAUUAUUAUUGGACAUUCCAGAAGUAACAGCUGGACUUUCCCCCACAGAGAUCGAAAUUCAAGAUUACAGUUGUUCUGAUACAGCUAAUUGUAUUGCCGAGAUCUCGAGUGCCGAAACCCUCAGUAGCUGUGAAAAUUUCUAUACUUUGACCAAUUUGGAUAUUGUUCCUCAUAUAGAUUGUAAAAUUUAUAUUAGUAAUAAUUUGUCAGAGUACGAAAAAGAACUUGAUGCACAGUGUGCAGUUACAGGAAACCACGAAAUGGAAAUUAACAUAGUUGUAGAAGAUGAACGUAGUCAAGAAACAAAAGAAAAUAAUGGAGAUACUAAUUUUAGAGAGAGAACAAAAGUAAUAGCCACCUACGCUAUUUGUGGCUUUUCGAAUCCAGCUUCAAUUGGAAUCAUGAUAUCAGGUUUGGGUAUCCUUAUUCCCAACAAGAGAGAUGUCAUUACGAGGGUAGUUUUUAGAGCCUGCUUUGGGGGCGCUCUUGUAUGUUUCAUGACUGCCUGCAUAGCAGGAACGGUAAUGCCAGAUGAUGUGAUUUAGGAUAAUCUUCAAUAAUUAAGCAAUAUAUGUAUAAAUCAACAAAUUUGUUUUAUUUUAAAAUUCUCUAUACAUUUUUAACCGACUUCAAAAAAAGAGGGGGUUCUCAAUUCAUCGGAAUAUAUUUUUUUUAAUGUACAUUCACCUCAGAGGUGG